GUGAGACUGGUAGGCACAGGUUGUUUGCCAGAUCCUCUCCUGCUGUGUUUCUCCAGAAUGAAGGCUUUGUGUGUGUUGCUGCUCCUGGGGGCGGCGCUGGCUGUGGUGGAGUCGUCGGCCCUGCGGAAGGUCGAGUGCAAUACGUGCUCUUGUUCAGACACCGGUAUUGCAGCUUGCACUCUGAUGGCCUGUUUUGGUGAUUUCCAGCAGAGUUCCGACGAACCAAUUUGUGACGAAGGCUCGAGAUGGAAAAUUGACGACUGCAACUGGUGCAAGUGCAUCAGAGGAGCACCCGCGUGUAGCAGCAGAUCUUGUGACAACCAUCAGCCGUUGGCGAGAGCAAACACAGAGGAUGACAUACCACCCGGGGGAGUCUGCACAAGAGGAUCCGCCUGGAAGCCCGACUGCAACUGGUGUACUUGCACUCGGGACGGCAAUGCAGUCUGCAAUCUGAAGGCGUGUCUGGACGGCUACGUUCAGGACCCAACGGAGAAGCAAUGCGAGAAUGGGUCGAAGUGGCUCGUGGAUUGCAACACCUGUGUGUGCGUCGACGAGAGGGCACGGUGCACGCGUAAGGCAUGCGCCGUUUCUCGCGACUCGCCAGAACUGCCACCCGAUGCCGUGUGCAAACCCGGGUCGUUGUGGAGAGAAGACUGUAACACGUGUAGAUGUUCGAGCACAGGGAAAGCCGUAGCGUGCACUAUGAAGGGCUGUGUUGGCACUGCAGAAGAUUCCAAUGAAACAAAGUGUUCUCACGGAUCUAAAUGGAAAAAAGACGACUGUAAUUGGUGUGACUGUGUUAACGGGGAAGUCAUUUGCACCGAGAGAGUGUGUGGCCACCCUAGACUACACAUUGGCCAGCCCGACGAAGAAGAGGAAAUGUGUACCGAAGGCUCGAGAUGGAGAGUUAGCUGCAACUGGUGCACUUGCAGAAACGGCACAGGAGGCUGUACCAAGAGGGGAUGUCCUUCAGAUUUCGACCAACGGACAGACGAACCAGAAUGUGAUGAGAAUUCCAGUUGGAAGAAGGAUUGCAACUGGUGCCACUGUCAUAAUGGCAGAGGAAUUUGCACAACAUUGUCUUGCAUUAACACCCCUACUGUGCUUUCUCAGCCAACAGUGGAAGUAACAGUAACCCGAGAAGAGGCUGAGUGCACUGAAGGAUCACACUGGCUACGGUCGUGCAACUCCUGCCGUUGUAUCGAAGGGAAAGCAGCUUGCACAAAGAGAAGAUGUAUCCCAGAUUUUAAGCCCUCACCAGAAAUCAAUGUUUGUGAAGGCAAUUCCAGUUGGAGAGUUGACUGUAAUUGGUGUAACUGCGCAGAUGGAAAAGCCAUUUGUACCUUCAAGGCUUGCGGAGUACAGCGACCCCGACCUCCGCCAGUGGCAGUAACAGUUACACGAGAGGAAGGAGCGACAUGCACCGAGGGAUCUCGUUGGCGUUUGGGCUGCAACUGGUGUCGUUGCAUCAAAGGCCAAGGCGCAUGCACUAAGCGAGGAUGCAUAGCUGAAGACGCCCCAACUCCCGAUGAGCCUGUAUGUGAAGGAACUUCGUCAUGGAAAGUUGACUGCAACUGGUGUAAUUGUGUUGAUGGAAAGGCAGUUUGCACAGAAAUGGGAUGUGGCCCAGAAGGCCGGAGCUUAGAUUCAGGUACCAUACAGGAAAACCCAGCUCCUAAACCCUGCAUUAAUGGAACAACAUGGUCAAAGAAUUGCAACAGAUGCUCCUGCAUUAAUGGAGUUGGCAGAUGCACUCGCCGCCUUUGCCGUGGCCCACCCGUGGAUCCCAUCUGUAACCUGCCAGCAAUUAAUCCUGAAGUAGAGGUCUGUCGUGGAUUCGAGAGUAUGUGGACUUUUGACAGUUACGAAGGAAGAUGCGUGGAAGUCGUGUAUGGAGGUUGUGGCGGAACGGAUAACUUGUUUGAGACAAAGGCAGCCUGUGAAGCGAAGUGCACCAGAGCCAGGCAGGGGUCUCUGCGAUCUGGAGAUAGCCAGGAAGAGAAAUGUAAACUAGAACUCGAUCCAGGGCCAUGCUUCGGCCUUUUCCAUCGCUAUGGGUACAACUCCGCCAGUGGUCGAUGUGAGCAGUUUGUGUUUGGGGGCUGUGCUGGAAAUGCCAACAACUUCGAAACGGCCCAGGAGUGCCAGGAGCAGUGCGGAGGAGGAGCACCGGUGUCUGACUCAUCUUGCGACCGGACAAAAUGCCCCUGGAAGCGCUGGGCUCACUAUCUCGUCAAGAACUGCAUCCCACAGUACGAGGAUGGUGCCUGCUGUCCGACUAGCUUCUCAUGCCCUCCAUCAGACUCUGUUAUACCAGAUGCAACAAAAUGUUACUACAGAGGUGUCUUCUACGAAGAUGGUGAUGAUGUGCCUGUAGAAGACGUCUGUUCAGCUAGCUGUCGCUGCCUUGCCCGCUCCACUCCAGCUCAGAUUAACUGUGCCAAUGUUGAGUGCCCUAACUUGUUCAGGCCUCCUCGCCCUGGAUGCCGUCUUCUCUACUCUCCUGACAAGUGCUGCUCGACUGACGAAGAGUGCCAGGACUCCGCAGCACCGCCAGACCUAGUGACCCGUGCCGCUGGGUGCUCCUGGGGCAACAAAACUUACCAAAUUGGAGAUAAGAUGUAUUUUGAUGAUUUCGCAUGCCAAUCUUGCAUUUGCACUCCUGAGUUCACAAGCCCAACAGGUCCUGGAUGUUCAAAGAUUGACUGUGGAUUUGAAUUCAGAUACACCUCCAGGCUUGCCGAUGGUUGUGUGCCUAUUUUCUUCGAGGAGAAGUGUUGCUCCAUUGACUGGUUGUGUCCUGGAGACGGUCGUAUCUCACCAUCUGAUUCACAAAAGGAGCAACAGAGAGUUUCCCCACAGAAAAAAGAUGAACAAUGCCAUUUUGGAGAGCUCUCCAUUAGCCAAGGUUCAAAACUCAACAUUGACAACUGCAGGCUUGACUGCAGGUGCACAACACCUCCUGAGCUCACCUGUGUUCAGUACAGGUCAUGUGAGUUAGCUGCAGAGUCCACACAGCCAAAAGAUUGCCCUGAAGUAAACUGUCCACCAGCAUGCCAGACUUUGACUGAUGCUGCCACUGGGUGCCCAGUAUGCUCCUGCACUAAAUAUACCUUCACCUGUGAAAAGAAGGAAUGCCCAAGUGGCUGUCGAACAGAUUUCGACAGCAAGACUGGUUGUCUUACUUGUAAAUGCCAAUGUCCUAAACACCCACACCCAUGUCCCAUGGACUGUGCAGUUCGGCAUGUUAAGGAUGAAACAACAGGGUGCGAGGUGUGUGAGUGUGAUCCCAAUAACCCUUGGAAUCCUUUUGCUCCUCCUCAUCAUUUGAAUUGUCCCACCUACCCUCUAGGACGUCUCCCAUGCCCCCAAGAUUGUGAAGUUAGAAUAGUUGUAGAUGAAACUGGUUGUGAAAAAUGUGAAUGUAAUCCCAAUACCCCUGUACAGCGCUCUGAUUGUCCUACAGACUACACUGGACGAGCUCCGUGCCCCAUGGAUUGUGCUAUUCGGUAUUUCACUGACACUGAAACAGGCUGUGAGAAGUGUGACUGUGAUCCUGCACAUCCUGGUCAUCCAUUUGGCCCUGAAAUUCCUCCCCCACAUUCAAAUUGCCCUAAAGGUCCAUCUGGAAAACCCCCAUGCCCCAUGGAUUGUGCCAUUCGAUAUGUCACUGACCAUGAAACAGGCUGUGAGAAGUGUGAAUGUGACCCUGCAAAUCCUGGUCAUCCAUUUGGCCCUCAUAUUCCUUUCCCACGUUCAGAUUGCCCUGUAGGUCCUUCUGGAGAACCCCCAUGCCCCAUGGACUGUGCCAUUCGUCAUGUCACUGACCCUGAAACAGGUUGUGUUAGGUGUGAAUGUGACCCCAAUAAGCCUGGACACCCAUUUGGCCCUCAUAUUCCUCUCCCACGUUCAGAUUGCCCUGUAGGUCCUUCUGGAGAACCCCCAUGCCCAAUGGAUUGUGCAAUUCGUAUAGUGCUAGAUGCACAAACUGGCUGCGAGAGGUGCAUAUGUGACCCUGAUAACCCAGGCAAUCCCUUUAGACCUUAUUAAAUCCAAGGGCAAAAUUUUCUUUUCAAAAGGUACCUUGAGUGGUUACCAUUUUUAGCCUUUUGAUAAUUGCCUGAAUAUCCUGGCCAUUUUUUUUUCUUUUUUUAACUCUUCUAUAUAGGUAAAUCAAAGCCAUUUAUGAUUUUCCUUGGUAGGAACUAAUCUGAAGUUUUGAUCAGCAGUAAAGUUGGAGAGUAUAGUUCAACAGUGGUUUUAUGUGAAUUCCUGUUUAUUAAUUGUCUUAAGAAGCAAUUCCUAUUUUACAAAAACACUAGUAAAAAAAAAUUGUGUCAGUUAAUAUUUCCACCAAAACUGAAAUUAAAUUGUGCAAAUAAACAAUGGGAAUGAA